AAUGUUUCAUGAUUACAGUACUUUCACAUCAUUCAGUAGUCCUACAGUAAUAUUACUAACAUCAGUACAAGUACUUAUACCACAUUCUCAAUAUGCUACAGUGACUUCAUCUUUGUUUCUGUUCUCAAGAGAUCCUGAGUAAAAACUAACCAAAAUGCAUGUAUGAUUGAGCUUAUUAUGUAAAAUCUACUUUUAUAACCUCUGAACUAUUUUGAUCUACAAUGUGUAAAAAUUUUAGAGGCCAAAUCUGAAAAUGGAUGUGGAGAAUGGCAUGUUGUGUCUUGAAAUUAGGUUAGGAUUUGGAGAACCAAGGCCUGCCAAGAAUACCAAGGAUUGCAAUUUCAACCUUCUGAACAGUGUCACCAUCCACUUACUCAUUAUUCACCCUUACAAACCAGAUGAGUAUGGGGUAUAAAAAUUCUAAUUGAUGGUGUCCUAGUCUGUAGCGAAAACUGUGCUCUAGCUAACGUUAACUGGGGGAAGAAAACGAAAUUAAACGGGAUAAACAUGUUUGGCGUGGAACCCGUGAGAGACCUGGGAUCCCAUAAUAACAUUCGUCAAGUUAUCAAGAUGGCGGACCACUACUCAAUUUGCUGCACUCAGCGAGUUGUACUUUACGAGACUAAAGCGAGGUUUUUUCUCGUUGGCUCGAAUAAUGCAGAAACUCGCUUUCGUGUUUUGAAAAUUGAUAGAACUGAACCGUACGAACUGGUUUUUUUCGACGAUAAGGUUGAGUACAAUCAAAGACAGAUCAAGGAUUUGUUGUCCAUGAUUAAUGCUGGAAAUUUGCCAAAUAAAAACAAACCAUAUGAGAGUACAAGUAAAGGUUUACACAGGAGUAUAUCUGCUUACGGUAUUGUGGGAUUUGUGAGAUUUCUGGAAGGGUAUUACAUCAUAUUGAUCACAGAGAGAAGAAAGCAGGCUGAGAUUGGAGGACACAGUAUCUAUAAAAUUGGAGAUACAAAGUUGAUUCCAAUUGCUAAUGAACUUGUCAGACAGAGGUUCAAGCACCCUGAUGAGAGCAAAUAUGUCAAGAUCUUUCAGAAUGUUGAUCUGUCGAGUAACUUUUAUUUUAGCUACAGCUAUGAUUUGACUCAUAACCUCCAGCGUCAAAUGGCUCCCAUCAUUAAUCCCCCAGCUUUCACUGGUGCUACACAUUCAUGGAAGGCUUGGGGACCAUGCACUCACUUAGACAAAGAAACAGCCACAGAUACAUCUGCUUUGUCGGGUGUGUUAGAGGGCACAAAAGAUAAAUCUGAUGUGCAGAAUACCAAUGAAAAUGGAACACAUGAUCAAGCUCUGGGUAGUAGUAAAGAAAUUGGUGAACUAGGCAGUGAUGCUGGUGCUAGUGAUGUGCAAACUCAAAGUGAUGAUGGGAUCACUGAGCAAAGUGGAAAUUUUGAAAUAUCGGAUGGAACUUCAGAUACUAUGUUAUCCCGUACAUGUGAUCAAAGGAGUGAAACAAAAGGUGGUAAUUUUUUUAAACAAGAUAUUUCUGCUGAUCAUUUUGUUAUGUCAUCUUCAAAAGCAGUUCAGUCAUCACCUAAGAAACCUGAGCAAGCAACUGAUUCUACUAGGAAACAAGAGCUGAAAAGUGAUACUUGUAUAAAUACAGGUGAAGGGAAUGAUUCCGUUUGUCUUAACUGUGAGAAAGUGAGGCAACAAAAAGUAAAGCCAUUUUUGAGCAAGAGCAAGGCAUGUAGCAAGUUUGUGUGGAACAGAUAUCUGCUGGAAGGCUUUGAAGGAGCUGUCCAUUCUGACUGGAUUUUGCACAUUGUGAAUGGCUUUGUUGGACAAGCUGAUAUUUGUGUGUAUGGUCGGCCUAUAUAUGUCACAUUGAUUGCUCGAAGGUCAAAAGAAUUUGCUGGAACCAGGUUUUUGAAGAGAGGAGCUAACGAUAAGGGAAAUGUAGCCAAUGAGGUUGAAACAGAGCAAAUUGUUCAUGAUGCCUCUGUUUUGUCAAUCAAGAGUGGCAGAUUUACAUCUUAUGUUCAGCUCAGAGGAUCUGUUCCAUCUUUCUGGUCACAGGAUGUAAGACAAGUAAUGGUUCCAAAACCACAAAUUAUUGUUGAUCGAGCAGAUCCAUUCUGCUCGGCUGCUGGGCAACAUUUCAACCAACUUCUUAAACGGUUUGGUUCUCCUGUGGUCAUUCUUAAUCUUGUUAAGAAGAGGGAAAGGAAGAGACACGAACAGAUUCUCAGCGAAGAAUUGGAAAGAGCAGUGACGUACUUAAACCAAUUUUUGCCAAUACAAUAUGCCAUAAUAUAUAAAGCAUGGGACAUGGCACGAUACAACAAGAGUAAAGACUGUAAUGUCAUGGAAAAACUGACUGUCAUAGCUGAUGAGGUUUGUUAAACGGUAUGUGUGGCACUGGAUACUCUGACGAUCAUCUGGGGAGAGAACAGAAUGGAGUACUCAGGACAAACUGCGUUGAUUGUCUGGACAGAACAAACACUGCACAGUUUAUGGUCGGCAAAUGUGCUCUUGGUUUUCAAUUGCAUGCGUUGGGAGUGAUUGACAAACCAUUUCUUCAGUUUGACUCGGAUGCCGUGAGGAUUUUAGAAGAUCUUUACGAAGCUCAUGGUGACACUCUUGCUCUACAAUAUGGAGGAUCACAACUGGUACACGGAAUUCGCACAUAUCGCAAGGUAUCGCCGUUCACUUCUCAUUCGAGGGAUAUAAUGCAGACAGUAUCUCGUUAUUUCAGUAACGCAUUCACAGAUGCCGACAAGCAACAAGCUAUGAAUCUGUUCCUUGGGAUAUUUUCACCGCUUCAGGAAAAACACAACAUUUGGGAACUGCCUAGUGAUUAUUAUUUACACCACAACACAACAUGGGACUUAAGAGCGUCCAAGAACAGAAAAAGUUAUACCAAGUGGUGGGAUCAGGCUGUUGUCAAUUCUUUGCCCCACCCUACUCCUGAUGAAACACCAUUGGACGACGCAGGAAACGAGGAAGAAAAGGAAGAGACCAGGCGGUACUCAGAUUCGGCAGAUCAUGAACUAGUUGACAUGUUUUCAGAGUAUUAUCACCCGCAUGAUUUGACCGUCCUUGAGACUGUAUAUCCUCAUCAGAUGCAAAAGUCUUGCAGGGAUUUCAUGCCACCGACUGCUCAUAAUCACAGUCCAUUUGUAGUGAGAGCUCCUGCAAAGUCACCCGGCCGACGCCCUGUUCCGACACGUAGAGCGGUUGGUGCUGCCCCCAAGCCACUCACUGUGGAAGACAGCAGCGAUGACGGCUCCAGCUCAGAUGAUGACAGCUCAGCCAUCUCUCUUCUGGAGAAGACUAACAGUACAAGCACUUGUGUUGUCUCUUUUCAGGAGCUGUUGCCGUCUAUGCAGGACAUAUAUGGUGUUGGAUUGAAGGAACCAAAGGAUCGGAGUAUGAGAGCUUACCAGAGGUUUGUUCAAUUUGGAAAGACUUCUCUGCCUGAUAAGGAGAAUGCAGGAGUGAAACACAUCCAUUACGACUGGGAGGCGCAUAAACCCUUUAAGUUCGACUGUAAUCAUACAGUGAAGCUUUCCACAGUGGACCAUCCAUCGAAGGCCCUGUACAAAGCAUAUGUUCAUGCCGGACAGAAUGGUCGCUUUUGGACAUCGCCUGUUAGUGUUGAUGUCUAUAGGAAAUACGUUAGUAAGAACUAUCAAUGAAAUUAAAGAAAAAGCAACUCUCCCUCGCAGCCCAGCCGCUUUCUAAGAUGUCACGCAACGCUCCUGUGUGACAUUGUUUAGAACGAAUGCAUUAGGAAACCAAUAUCCCGUUUUUGAGGGUGUGUUUUAUUUUGUUAUUUUUUCACUUGAAGGAUCACUCAAAUGAUGAAGGAUGACAGAUAACCUCUAUUUUUAUGCUUGUUAUGUUUACGGAUUUACAAAUAUAAGUAAGUUACCUCUAUGAUAAUGAUGUAAUGUUAUAGUAUUGGAUUUGAAUUAAGUACGCGCGGUCUCAUCUGUCAAUUGGUGUGUUAACACGAGGAAAAAAUAACAUGGUUGUGACGUUUUGAUUCCUGUGAGAAAUAUUUUACUUAAGCAAGAGAGGACUUUUUUUUAGCCCCAUCCGAACACUCAGGGUAAAUUAUAAUUCUCGAAAGUUAUGCAAACUCUCGACUGAAUCUCGGAUUCGCAGAACUUUCUCAAAUCCUCCCAACUCCCCUCGUGUUUAGAUGGGGCUAGAUUUAAAACGGGAAAAAUCCUCUAUUGUUCAAUUGUGUAUAAACCGGUAUUUACUAAUAUUUUUGUAAAAGGGAUAUUCAGAAGCAAGUUCAAAGCACUGCAAAAAAAUUUCAGAGGAGUGAAAUUUGUUAAAUGAAAUCUUUUUCAUUUUUUUUUUUUUUGCAUGAAAAUGAAAAUUGAUAUUUAUGUUGACUGCCUUCAGCUAACAUGUAAAAUGUUCCACUGAACAUCAUCCAAGAAAUUGAGAUUUAAAGAAGUAAAUGUUUGUCUCUG